UUAUAGUAGGCGAGCGUGAAAUUCAUACAGCUUAAAUUCAGUACGUCCGUGUACUCUCGAUGGGUACAUUUCUCUUUGAUGAAAGAGUAGUUUUAUGGAUUUAAGACCCCGAGAGAAUACGUUACAUUAUCUAGAAUGCUUGUAAUAUAAAGAGACGUAUUUUGCAUGUUUCGUGCAGCGAAUAAGGAGAGAGCGGAAUGUUGGAGAUAAAGCGAUUGCUGGAGUUUAAGUAAUUACAUGGGGAUUUUUACUGAUCGUAGGUGGAUGAGUGUAUUUAUUGUUUGAUUGUUUCAAAAUUUGAGGGAAUAUGUUCAUUGUGAGAUAAGAAAAUGAUAAAUGUGAAAUUAUGAUAUUCUAAUUUGUAAACAGUUAAUAUUUGAAAGUGUGGAUUUAUUGGAAAUUAUUGGAAAUUUAUAAAACAGUGGAAAUAUUUCAUUUUAACAAAGUGACACCUUGUAGUGUAAGUGAUUAGGCUAAACAAGGAUUAAGGAACAGCGAAGAUUUUAAGAUUAGAUAUGAGCGGCUUAAACGUAAUGAAAUGCUAUAUUACGUUGACCGUGUUAUACGGUCUUAUGUACGCGGUUCGAGCCCAGUGCCCGGACCGGUGUCAGUGCUACGGCACAACCGUCAGGUGCAUGUUUCUGCAACUGGAAACUAUUCCGGCUGUGCCAAGGACGACCACAAUCUUAGAUCUGAGAUUUAAUGUGAUAAAAGACAUUCCAAGAGGAGCCUUUAGAAAUAUACCAAGACUAGAUACUCUACUGUUAAAUAAUAACGAGUUGGAAGUUGUAAAAUCGAAUGCCUUCGAAGGACUUCGAGAAUUAAGAUAUUUAUAUUUAUACAAGAAUAAAAUUGAAGAAAUUGAACCAGAUGUAUUCAAGCAUUUACACAAGCUGGAACAAUUAUUUCUGCACGGUAAUGAUUUAAAGAGGUUACCACCUGGGUUGUUUUCGUCAAACAAGAAAUUGAAGCGAUUACGUUUAGAUUCCAAUGCAUUGAUCUGUGAUUGUGAGAUGGUAUGGCUCGCACAGAUGUUAAAGGAGAACUUGGCCGACACCCAGGCUGCCGCAACGUGCGAUCAUCCUGGCAACUUAAGGGGCAAAUCACUCAUGGAAAUCAAUAUGUCAGAAUUCAAUUGUGCUAAGGGCGACAACUCUGUAUUAGAAUCCACAAGUGCGACACAGAGAAAGUUACUUGCCUUGAACAUCCGUAGAGAAAAACCUGUAAUAACGAGUGAACCAUCCGAUGUAGAGAUCAGUUUUGGCAACACUGCUUACUUCAGAUGUAGAGCUGAAGGCAGUCCUACACCGGAAAUAGUCUGGGUAAAAAACAAUGAGAUAGUGGACACGACCGAAAGACGGUAUAAUAUUCUAGAGGACGGUACAUUGAUGAUAGAAGACGCACGGGAUACAGACGAAGGUACUUACGAAUGUAUCGCUAGAAACACCGCCGGCGAGGUGAAAACAGAUGGCGUAGAAUUACGAAUGAACGAACAACAUCACCAUCAUCAUCACAAUCAUAAUCGACAGCAACAGAAUCAGAAUCAAAGGCGUCAGUUAGAUAAUCAAAUUGAACGUCAUCCUGGUCGUCAUGAUCAACCACGUUACAAUGUGGCUCCAACAUUCCUUUCAAGGCCAUCAGAUGUGCACGCAGACCUAGGUGACACUAUUGAUUUACCAUGUUCGGCGACCGGAUAUCCUCAACCGGAAAUCGCGUGGACAUUGAAUGGGAACGCGAUUAGACUGAACUCACGUAUCAGUAUAGUGGGUGGGGGUCUACACAUCAUCAGUGUAAGAGACGACGACAGGGGCGACUAUAGAUGCAGGGCUGAAAAUUCUGAGGGCAUUAUCACUGCUACUGCAAGACUGGUUGUACAAGUGGCCCCACACUUUGUAUUGCGACCAGUGGAUAUAAUUUUGCCAGAAGAUAGUACGGCAGUGUUCCAGUGUGACGCAAUGGGAGAGCCAACACCUCUGAUAUCCUGGUACAGAAAUAAUGACCCACUUCCAAACAAUGGCAGAUUCCAGAUUUUAGAUUCCGGUCGGACUUUGAGAAUUACCAGGAUAGAGACGUCGGAUCGUGAUGUAUAUGUAUGUAGAGCCGAGAGUGCCGCCGGCAGAAUGGAAGCUCAAGCCGAACUACAAGUUUCUUCAAAAACUGCUCCGAACUUUAACCGGAGAGAGGUCGAAGAGAAGUAUGUGGAGGAGGGCGCAGAUGUUAAUUUAGACUGUUCCGCAGAUGGUCAACCAUCUCCGCAGUUUAGAUGGAUCAAAGACGGAACUACUUUACGUAACGGAAGGAAAUAUUUAGUGGAGGGAAGCGUUCUUACCAUCAGACGAGCUAUAAAUAGCGAUGAGGGGCUGUAUGAGUGUUUUGCGGAAAAUACAUUAGGCUUUGCACGACAUUCUGUCAAACUUAUUGUAAGAGAUGCUGUUGUUAGACCAGGUGACAGAUUUGUAACCGAGGCAAUAUCGUCAGCGACAUCACGUGUAGAGAACGCGAUCAAUAUCACUAGAAGUGAAUUGUUCGACAGAGGAAAGACACACAACGUCGAAGAUCUACUUUCUCUGUUCAGAUAUCCUUCCGCUGAAACUCUAGAAAUCGCUCGCGCAGAAGAAAUAUUUGAACAAACUUUAGAAAUUAUUCACAGACAUGUUGCUGAAGGGCAUAACUAUGACUUGGAAGGAAAUGAACUGUCUUACCAGGAAAUUGUAUCGCCAGCUCAUCUUUCAUUGAUUGCAAACAUGUCUGGAUGUUUCCGACGAAAUUUGCCACAGAAGUGCACCAACAUGUGUUUCCACAAGAAAUAUAGGACACUGGAUGGCACGUGCAAUAACUUGCAGAACCCGAGCUGGGGAUCUGCCAAUUCUGCCUUGCAAAGACUUCUCCCAGCACAAUAUGAAAAUGGUUUCAACUCCCCUAUAGGCUGGAAUAAAGCCCGCUUAUAUAAUGGUAAACACGUACCUAGCCCACGGUUAAUUUCGUCCGUAAUGAUGACGGCAGAUAGUGUCUCCACUGAUAGUAAAGACACUCACAUGGUGAUGCAGUGGGGACAGUUUAUUGACCAUGAUAUAGACUUAACCCCUCAAUCAGUCAGCCAGCAUAUAUUCAAUGAUGGACGACGAUGUAAUGAAACAUGUGAAAACAGCUUCCCGUGUUUCCCUAUACCUGUACCGUCCAGCGAUCAGAGAGUUAGGGGACAGUCGUGUCUAGGAUUUCAUAGAAGUAGCGCCACAUGUAAUACAGGGACCACAUCUAUAUUUUUCAAAACAUUUUCUCACAGACAACAAUUAAAUGCAUUGACAAGUUACAUAGAUGGAAGUCAAGUAUACGGAAGUAGUGAUAGUUUAGCAGAAAGACUGAGAGACGUGUCGCAUGAACAUGGCCACUUAUUAGUCGGUUCACUAUAUGAUUCAGGAAAAAGACAACUUCCAUAUGACUUCCACGGAAUAAUCGGACCAGCUGACUGUCAGAUAGAAAGCAGCAAAAGAUAUAUACCAUGUUUCCUAACCGGAGACAGUAGAGCAAACGAGCAUCUAGGACUAACUGCUAUGCACACUCUAUGGAUGCGCGAACAUAAUAGAAUAGCUUCAGAACUUUUAGACAUUAAUCCACAUUGGGAUGGAAAUAUGUUGUACCACGAGGCUAGAAAGAUUGUUGGGGCAAUGAUGCAGCAUAUAACAUAUACAGGGUGGUUACCAAAGAUAAUUGGUCCCGAGGGUAUGAGGAUGAUAGGUGAAUAUAAGGGAUACAAUCCUGCAGUUGAUGCAUCAGUGACUAAUGAGUUUGCAACUGCUGCUAUGCGAUUUGGGCACUCUCUAGUACAACCGGUAUUAUUCAGACUUAAUUCAAGUUUCCAGCCAAUUAGGGAAGGCAAUUUGCCACUUCACAAGGCGUUUUUCUCCCCAUACAGGGUUGUAGAAGAAGGUGGAAUUGAUCCAAUACUUAGAGGGUUGUUUGCACAAGGCGCUAAACUAAGAAUGCCAAAUGAAAUCAUGAAUUCUGAACUGACUGAAAGGCUGUUUUCUUUAGCAAACAGAAUAGGACAAGAUCUUGCGGCACUAAACAUCCAGCGAGGAAGAGAUCAUGGUCUACCAUUCUAUAAUGAGUACAGGAAGAUGAUCAACCUGACAGAGGCGAGAAACUUCAAUGAUUUGAGGAACGAAAUACAGGACAGAAAUACCAGAGAAAGUCUUGAACUAUUGUACGGACAUGUUGAUAAUAUUGACUUAUUUGUCGGUGGCAUGGCAGAGACACCACUAGAGGGUGCCAAAGUUGGCCCAACAUUUACACAUAUACUCGCCGAUCAGUUCAAAAGAUUACGGGAUGGGGACAGGUUUUGGUACGAAAAUCCAAUGGUGUUUAGUCCUGAUCAGCUUGUUCAACUGAAACAGUUUUCUUUAGCUCGCGUUAUAUGUGACAGUAGUGAUUCUAUUACACAUGCUCAACGUGACGUAUUCACUAUGGUACAGUCACGUGACGAUUACAUAAUGUGUAGUGACAUUCCAAAAAUUGAUCUCAAAAUGUGGAGUGACUGCUGUAUGGACUGCGGAAAAGCUGGUGACUUUAGAUCUAUAACAAGCCAUUUUAGAAGACGACGAGCGCCAGAGUUCAGUUAUCAGUCAGACAGUUCUAGUGGUGGCGAAGCUCUAGAGAUGCUGGAGAACCUGAGAGGACAGAUGUACAACAGACAGGAGAUAGACCUGAAGAUGCACCACAUGGAGAACAGGCUGAAAGAUAUGCAGGGCAUCAUGCAAGCCAUGGACCAUUCCAUGAAAAAGAUGAAACGAAAUAUGCGCACAAUGAUGUCACAUACAACAAAAGAUAUAAUGUGUAUGGAUGAUGACGGACAGAAACAUCCUCAUGGAGAUAAAUGGAAUAAAGAUGAUUGUACAAGGUGUAAAUGUAGAAUGGGUAAGAUACGAUGCAAAACCACACCGUGUCCUUCGCCAAACUGUGCUUUUCCAAAGAAGAUGCCAGGACAGUGUUGUAUGGUGUGCUGACAGGGCGUGGUGUCUCUAGAUUUAAAUUUUUAAACUCUACACAUAGUGUAUAAACACAUGGUGUAUUCACAUAUAUACCGAACAAUUAUGUGUGUAACUUACACUACGCAAUAUGAUAUUACGGAAGGUCUUUCAGAAUCAGUUAUGUUAACACAAGAGCGAUGGUUAACGUUGAAGAAGACCUUUUAAAUAUGUGUGUCGUCACGAUGGAAGAACAACUUCAAGGAACAGGUUUUCUGCACAGAAAACCAAAUUUUCUUCACCUUUCUGUCAUUUCUUUCGUGGUUCUUUACAUGUGAUUUGCAUAAACCUAAAUUUUAUGGUGAUGUAUGCAUGUCUAGUUUCAAACAAAAUGUGCAUUUUUGAUUCCACAAUCGGAACUUCCAUUCUGUGUUUUUUUAACGUGGCGAUUCCCAUGUACAAAACGAGAUUAAUGAAAAUUUGAUAAGAAAUGUCAUAUUUGUACAACUAUACUAGCAUAAGAGUGACAUUUCACUUGUAUCUAUUUUUAGAAUUAAAAGACUGUGCAUAUUACGUCAUAAUUACAACAAAAUUGACGUGAUUUAAAAUGCUCUCCCUUUGUGAUAGACGUCAGGGAUUACUGAAUAUUUAUUUUCUCCAAGAAAUCCACCAUAUGUAGAGUAGUUGAUAAUUAUAUAUAAUGAUACAUUGAUUGCUUCAGACAAAUAUCCUUAUAUAUAAACACAUACACUUGAAUUUGACUGGGUUUUAUAAUGCUUAUAUCAUAAACGUACGUAUGUAUGAUAAUGUGCGAUUUAAUUUUUCCUGGCAUUAUCGUCAUAUAUUUCUAGUAUGAAAGGAUUAAAUUGAUGCAAGUGCUCCAUUUAUAUUGAAAAAGUGUGAAUAUGUGUGUCAAAAAUUAUGUUAAAUGUUUUGACAUAUUUGUCAUCUGUUGUUUAUAAGGAAAAUGUUUACUGUUGCUUGCAUCCAUCCAUUUACUAAUGAAGCAGCCACAACAGAAAGUACUGAAAAGCCUAAAGGGUGCUGUCAAGUAAAAAUGACUGUAGAUCUAUUUGCACAGAUCACAGAUCAGUUGUAGAACGCUAAGUGUUAUUUCAACUAAAAAAGUUAAUGUUACACAAUGAUAUGUUGCUCAUAGGUCAAUGUCAAAUUGGUAUCAAGACAUAAGCACGGGUUCUACAGCAGAUAUCUAUUGCGUGACUUUAUGAGGGCAGUUUUAUUCCGCUUAAAAAAUGAGUGCAUAUUUCUCGAUGCAAAUCAAAUAAUCUUUUUUAUUACAUAUGCAUCUUCACUUGUAACUAUUGUAUAAAUAAAAUAAAUUUGUCAUUAGCUUGAGUAAAAUCGAUAAUAUCGUUGUUGAAGAACAUUUCAAUGCAAGGACAAAUUUGAAACUGACGUCAAAAAAUAUGUCACGCACACCAUACGUAAUUUGAACGUUAGUACGAAAAAUAUUGUCGUGUUUCAGGUACCAUUGUAACUUUAUUGAGUUUAUAAAUGAGUAUGUAACAUCAUGUAUUAUCCCAUUAUCGUCGGGGGGAAGUAAUUAGUGCAUAUAGCUGGUACAAGAGUCCUCUCUGGGACGGUUUAGAAGUAUUUAAAGACGUUCAUUUGUGGAUAAAUUAUGAACCACAAAUAUCUACGAGGAUUAUGAUCAAUAUCAGUUAAUUGAGUUUUACCAAUUAUCUGAACAGAAAUAGGAGUUUUAUGAAUUACUGACGUCGUUCAAGUUAGAACGUAAACGCUUUCAACAUUUUAUUAAAUAUUUCAAUUUGAGCCAGUAACUAAAAACAUAAACAAUACCCUUGGAUUUUAGGAUAUGCUAACUGAAUAUGUCUUGCAAAUAUUUUUAGAUAUAUAUGUUAAACAAAUACAUGAGAAAUUCAAUGCCUUCAUCAUUUAUCAUUAUUCUUUUAUGCAUUUUCCGCUCAGAAGUUACACAAAACAUUUCCCAAUGCUUUUCUAACGCAUCCUAAUGCAAUAGUGUCAAUGUUGAUAAAAGACUGCAUUCAGAAGUUCAUUAUUUUUAUAUCCUUAAAGCUUAGUGUAGCUUAAACUUUGAAAGCAGGCGAAUAAAUCGUCCAAAAGCACAUUUUCGACAUAAACCAAGUAUUGAAGUGCUUUCGACAUUUUAGGUGUUCGGCUCAAAAAUCGUUGUCGUACUAAACCUGAAAUUUCAUGUUAUGUUCGUAUAUGUACAAGAAUGGAUGUCGCGAGAAAGGCUUUAUUUUGUAUAUAUACCGCUGUAUGAAUUGGCCAGUAGGGGUGAUAUACGUUAGUUUAGAUUCUAUGUAUAAUACAUACAGUGUAUGUGCAAAUGAUAAUGUUUAAAAGUAUUACCGUAAUAUCCUCAUCAAAUGAGGGUUUAACUAAAAAUGUCAGAUUUUACGUAGGAAAUUUCGUAUUGUAGGAACCUAAGAGUGUUAAAAAUCCGUGACCUCACAAAACAUCUGUACUAAAUGAUGAUAUUUACAUACAUUAUGUGUUUUAAAGUGUAUUCUUUAACUUUUAGUUAUAUUUCUAUUUAGAUACAUUUUUAUACUUCAUCAUUUAAAUACAUUUUGAAUAAAUAAAACUGAAAGAUAAA